AUGACCAUCACGGCGCAGCCCUACGCAAUCAUCGCCCCGAGCCCCACCUCUUGCGAGAGCGACCAGAAGGGGUGCUCCCACCAGCAUGACGGCACGCCCCCUGUUGCUCGGCGGUGCCGCUGUGAUCGUGCGCGAUCCCGCCGCGUUGUUACCGCACUCCUGCUAGCCGUCUUUUCGUUCGCGCUCUUCCUGCUGGCCUCGUUCCUCUGGAAUGCGGUCUUCAAUGAGGGGUCAUGGCUGGGCUCGCUCGGCCUGACUGAGGAUGGCUCAUGGAGUGCGUGGUCCGCUAUGACCGGCUUCGUGAAGAGACAGGCGACCGACAGCGGUAGCGGACAGAACACGUUCAUAAACCGCAAAUAUUACCUCAUCGUCGUGUUCGUCGGACUCUUCCUCGUCGUCUUGGCCGCAAUCUGUCUCAGCGCGUGGUGCUGCCGUGGCUCCUUCGAGAAUCCGCUCUGCUGCCCGUGCUACCUGUGCGCUUGCUGCGGCGGCCUUGCGUGUCUGGAGUGUAUCGGAUGUGGGCUUUGCGCAGAAGGCUUGGACAACGCCUGA